AUGGCACCUGUUUCAUUGCCUCCGGGAUUCCGUUUUCAUCCCACUGAUGAAGAACUUGUGGCGUAUUAUCUAAAGAGAAAGAUCAAUGGGCAUAGGAUUGAGCUCGAAAUCAUUCCUGAAGUUGAUCUCUAUAAGUGUGAGCCAUGGGACCUGCCAGGGAAGUCAUUAUUGCCAAGCAAAGAUCUCGAGUGGUUUUUUUUUAGUCCUCGAGACCGUAAGUAUCCAAAUGGGUCGAGGACUAAUCGUGCAACAAAAGCUGGAUACUGGAAGGCCACUGGAAAAGAUAGAAAGGUGAAUUCACAGAUGAGGGCUGUUGGGAUGAAGAAAACCCUAGUUUACUACGGAGGUAGAGCACCUCAUGGAACUCGAACUGGUUGGAUUAUGCACGAAUAUCGCUUAGAUGAAAGGGAAUGUGAAAAUGCCAACGGCUUGCAGGAUGCUUACGCACUUUGCCGUGUAUUCAAGAAGAGCUUGAAUGGCUUGAAAAUUGGGGACAAACAUGCGACCACUGACAGUGAACGAUCCUCCAGCAUCGACUUGUAUUCUCAAGGAAAAUGUGGUGAUUUAGAUAGCUCAGACUAUCCAAUGCCAUCAGGAACCUGCUCAUCCAGUGCCACCAAUGCCUCUCAGAUGAAUAUAAAUGACCCAAAUGAUGGAAGAUGGACACAGUACUUAUCAGAAGAGGCAGUUGGUUUCAUUAAUAGUCCAUAUUCCCAUUGUGAACCAACAUCAUAUACACCCUCAAAGGUCGAUUUAGCAUUAGAGUGUGCAAGGUUACAACAUCGUUUUACAUUUCCACAAUUGGAGGUUCAGGAUUUCCCCCAGUCUUGUUUGUCACAUUCCAAUGCUUUUCAUGAAAAUACAAACCAACCUACAGAUAUAUUGGAGGAAAUUCUUUCAGUUGCUCAAGCUUCUCAUGAACUUCAAAAUCAAGACACGUGGGGCAGAAUGUAUGCUCCGGCUGAGGAUUUUUCCUUUCCGGCGCCCCACAAUAACCAAAUACAUGGUAUGGAUUCCUUCAAAUAUAUGGACAACUUAAGAGAUGAACCGAAUCAUAGGUUCAUCAAAAUUGAAGAAAAGGAUGAAGUGUUCGCAUCAGAUAGAAUGGUUGAGAACUUAAGAUGGGUGGGGAUGUCGAACAAGGAGCUUGAAAAGACCUUUUAUGAGGAAUACAAGACAGUUCCAGUGGAAAAUAUUUCCAAUUUCCAUGACUUUCAAGGAGGAACCAACAAACAAAACAUGGACAGCGAUUUCAAUUAUACAGAUCCAAAUGAUAUGUCAAUUGUGAAUGAAAAUGCAACUGACAACUUCUUGUUGGAUGGAGACAUUGAUGACUUUUCAAGCACUCAGGGUUAUACGGUUUAUGAAAAGACAGAAAUAAAUCAUGGAUUGCUAGUUUCAACUCGACAAGCCCCCAAGAUUUUGUAUCAACAAGUGGUGCCUUCAAGGACUGUUCGAAACGAACGAGGUGGUGUCUGUUUUCUCUUUAUUAGAGGACAAUCCCAUUCCUCUGAUUAUGACCGAGAUAUCAGUGAUUCUCCACAAUUGUAG